GUGAAGCUUGCCCUUCGGCUUUAUGCACUAACAAUGUUCAUUUAUAGAACUUUUGAUGCUUUGUACCAUCGAGAAAGGGAAGAUUCUUUUGACAAGGCGUUGUGUCUUUGUUGAUACUAUGAGUAUAUAUGACAGCUCGACCUAGCAACAAAGUUUCUGAUUCCACCGAAGCAAAAGUUUCAAAUUUAUACACAUACUUCAAAACUCCGUGUUCUACGAACUAUUCCAAACUACAAAAGCAGCUCACCACUAAACCUACCACAAUGCAACUCAUCAACUACCUCCCAAUCUUAGCCGUGCUUUCCCCAGCACUUGGUCUCCCAGCUCCAGCUGUCAUCUCCACAAAUCCCAACACCCUCACCCCUAUGUGCAUCAAGCAACUAGACCCUAAAAUGUGUAUACUCAACUGGAACACCAACACCAUGGCCGUCAACAACGAUCUAUCCAACCCCAACAACCUCGUUGCUUACGCCCGCGCAACCGUUUACUCAAACACCUGUACCGCCAUCGGAGCCAUUAAGAACGGGCUCGUCCAAAACGUCUUCAUCGACACUCAGGAAUGGAGCCAAUCGCUGAUUCUCCAAAAUGUCUUCGAUGAGAAGAGGGGCUUUAAGGUUCCUCGCUGGAGCUUUAAUGGAAAAGCGUACACGGUCGAUAACUGUGCUUGUUUCGAUGGCCCUUUGUUGGGCGAGCCAAAGGAUACACAUGUUUGCGAAUGUUCAUUCGAAUGCGCCUAGAUCUAUCAUUUAUAAGGUAGUUAGUUGACGAGUAGGCGCUCUUUCUACUCUUGCCCUUUCUUUCGGUUAUUGCAUUCAAUUUCUGUUGUAUA